AUGUUUUUUGUUGGUCCAAUAGCAAACCAUCGUGGUUGCUCAAUAUUAAUAGGAGUGCCUUCUACCCUAAAUUUAUUAUAUGAAAGAAAGGAGAUAGUGCGAGACGUCCUUCCGUCUGAUCUUAGCCGCUUCAGUCUUACUCGAUGAACUCAGAGAUCGCAGACGAUGAAGAUGACAAUGAAGGCCGCUUUUUAUCGGGAUCUUCAAGAAUCAGAUCAGCAAUCCACCAAAAAUGUUUUAUUUCUGCAUCUUCAUCCAGGUGCCUCUGAACAAAAUAUUCGAGAACUGUUCUCAAAAGCUUAUAGGAAUGCCCCGUUAAUUGUCUUCAUUGAUGAGAUUGCUGCAAUCGCUGCUAAGGGAUAUAAUCUACAGAGGGAGAUGGAGAGACAGAUAGUGUCUCAAUUGUUGACUUGCAUGGAUGAAUCGCAUAGGCGUGGCUAUGUUCUUGUAAUUGGGGCUACCAAUAUGCCUGAUGCUGUUAUAUUUAAAAAGCAAGCACUACCCUUGGAACAUGGCAGAAACUGAUAACUCGAUCGAUAAGUGAGAGGAGACGAGGGUUCAGUGGAGGCUUAUACAGGCUCGCAACUAUGGCUUCAUGGUUGAUGAACAAAAGACGAGGAUUCAGUGCAACUACUGUGGAAAGGAAGUGAGUAGCUUCAAUUUUCUCCAGAGCCAUGUAGGAAGAGUGAGAGAAAGGCUUCACUUGUUUUUGCUUCUGGUAGUGCAGGUAACUGAACUAAAGCGACAUCGUGGUUGCAAACUGAAGCCAGUAGAUGCUUUGGAAGAUUCAUUUACGAAACUGGAGUCGACUUUGAUGUUGUCAAUUCUCCUAGCUUUAGGAGAAUGAGAAUUAUCAGUACUUCCUUCAAAGUAGGCCAGGUGGAGUAUUACAUGCCGAAUCUCCAAGAACUGAGAGGAUCAAUCCUUGAGGAUGAGUUCGAAGAUAUGAAGAAUCACUUCAACAACAUAAAGGAUUCUGGGGCAGACACAAGAUGCAGCAUACUUGUCGAUGAUUGGGUCAAUGAUAAGGGUCAACACCUUGUUAAUUCGGCGGCUUUUCGAACCGACAGAUUCAACCUGGAGUUUAAUACGAAGCAAACGUCUUUGUUUUGGGCAUCGUACUGCAUUGGCCUCGCGUUGGAAAGGAUCUUGAUGACAAUGAAGGCCACAUAUUCAUGGGACUGUCAGGAAUCAGAUGAGCAAUUCACCAAAAGCUUAGUUGUGCAUAUGUAUAGACCAGUUUUGCUCAAUGACAUACUUUGAUGUCUAUAUUUUGAUUUAAUUUGUGUAUAAAUUUAAGACUCUCUAAGGUAUAAGAAGCUAGGGUUUUAUUUCUCCUCA